AUGAAGAAAAUGAUGGUAAUCAAGUUGGAUAUCAGUGAUGAGAAGUACAAACUGAAGGCCAUGAAAUCGGUUUCGGGUUUCGCAGGGGUUGAUUCAAUAUCAUGGGAUAUGAAAGAAGCACAGAAGAAACUGACAAUAACCGGAGAUGUUGAUCCUGUAGAUAUCGUAAUCAAACUGAGGAAACAUUGUAAUGCAGAAUUGGUGUCAGUUGGGCCAGCAAAAGAACCAGAAAAGAAAAAAGAGGAACCAAAGAAAGAAGAACCGAAAAAGGAAGAACAAAAGAAAAGCCAACAUAGAGGUGCUUAG